AUGGCAGCUGCAAUACCACAUCAUCUACUUGAAACAUUAGUUAAUUGUCCAUCAUGUUUACAACGAUAUGUUGAACCAAGAGUUCUACCGACAUGUGGUCAUACUAUCUGUUCAACUUGUCUUGAACAUGAAUGGAAUAGUAAAUAUAAACAUUAUUGUCCAGUAAAAGCUUGUCGAAAAGAAAUAUGUUCAACAAUCUAUCAAAUAACUGAUUUACCAUUAAAUCAAACUGUACUUGAUCUUAUAAAAUCUUGUAAUUUUCAUGUUGAAGCUACUGGACAAUGUCAAGUUUGCAAUAAAUCUCCAUCAUUUAUAAAAUGUUCUCAUUGUUGUUUAUUUGUUUGUUUUGAAUGUGCUAAUCAACAUAGACGUGAAACAUUAACAACAUUAACAAAUAAUAUAAAUACAUUAGAACAAGAAUAUUUAAAUAUGAAUGAUAAUAUUGAUCAUGCAAAAGGAAAAUUAAAUGAAAUACGACAAAAAUCUCUUGAUGCUAUACAAAAUUAUUAUACACGUUUCAUAGAUGAAAUACGUCGUGCACAAAUAACUAAUGAAGAAGUUGUUGAACGACAAUCAUCAACAUGGAAUAAUGAACUUGAUUUAGUUAUUAAAGAUUAUAAACAACGUUGUGAACAAAUAUCAAAAACAAUACAAGGAUUACGAACAACAAUAACUGAUUGGUCAACAAUUGAACAAUUUAAACAAUUACAAAUCAAAUUAAAUCAUUUACAAGAUGAUAUACGAGAAGCAAAUGAAGUAUUUCAUCAACAUUUACCAAAUAUGAAAGUAUUUGAAAUCAAUGAUGAAGAUAUACAACAAAAGAAGAAAAAACUGAAUCAAGUUGAUUCACCAUGUCAAACAGAUGAAUUAAUAUUAGGUAAUGGAAAAAAUCAUCUAUCAACUUUAGCAGGUACAAUACGAAUUCAACAUCUUGAUGAUUCGACUAGUUCAACUUCAUCAUCAUCGAAUAAUGAACCAGUUAAAACUUCACUACCAACAAAUGGUCGAGCAGUAAAAAAACAUUUGAAUAGUAAAGGAAACCAUUAUAAAUCACUAAAUACACUUGCUCAACAUCAUCAUUCACUUAAUUCAUCUAAUGGUAUUAAUCCACAUCGUAAUCAUUCACCACAACAUCAACCAUCUUCACCACGUAUUAUAAAUCAUAAUCGUUCACAUGGACCUGCUUCAAGUAAUAAUAAUAAUUUAUUAUCAAAAACAAUGUCAAAUUCAAUUGCUGAUCUUUCUUCAUCAUUGAAUAAUUCGAAACUUUCUUCGACAAUCAAUCGUUUAACAACAUCAUUAUUUCAAUCAAAACUAGAUAAUUGUCAUAAUGAUUUUCAUAAAAAAAUUCCAUUAUCACAAAGUUAUGAUUGGGGUAUAUUAGCCGUAACAAAUACAGAUUUAAUCUUACUUUAUAAUAAAGAUAAAAGUUCAUUAAUUAUAUUUGAUGCUAAUGGAAGUGAGAAUGAAAGAAUUCAAUGGUCAGAUGGUGAAAUAAAAGAUUUAUGUAUUUAUCAUGAUGAUAGUAUAAUUAUCAUUGGUGAACAUAAACAAGGAUCAUCCAAACCACUUGAAUGUAAAUUAUAUUUAUGUAAUUUAACACGUAAACAACUUGAACGUGAACGUGUUGUUGAACGUGGUCUUAAUUCUCAACGUGUAGCAUCAGAUGAAAAAUUAAUAUUUUAUGGUUCAGAAAAAGGUUGUAAUAAAUCGAAAAUAUCAGUAUUUGAUCAUGAUUUACAAUUACAAUUAACAUUUGAAUCUGGUGUUGAAAUACGAAGUUUAGCUGUUGAUAUGCAAUCUUGUUAUAUAUUAGGAAAAAGACGAGAACGUGAACCAGGAAGAUAUUUUGUUGAGAAAAGACAAAAAAAUGGUCAACUUGUUCGUCGUAUUGAUUUAUAUGAAUUAAAUGUUGAUAAUAUGAAUCGAUUAAUAAUCGAUCCAAUUAGUCAUGGUGUGAUUAUAACGGAUGGAGGAAAUAAAAAAAUUUGGGCUGUUGGACCGGAAGGUGAAAAAAAAUCAAUACAAUAUCGACCAUGGCCAUGGAGUGUAGGAUUUUUAACAACUGAUAUUUUAGUUAUUUUACAUGCUGGUUGUUUAACUUUUCAUGCAGUUAAUCAUACAAAACAAAUAAAUAAUGGAACAAAAUUACGAAAUAUUAUUACUAAUGCAGAAAAAGUUUAA